AUGUCAGAAAAUUUCCAAAAUCCAUUUUUACUGAGAACUCCAAAUUCUCUGCAGCUCUCCCUUCCCAUAGUGAGCCACGUGGCUUCUUCCUUAACAGGAAGUGUCUACAAUUUGUCCAGAGUCUCUGCUCCCACUGCCAGUUCGACAUGGCUGCUGCCAUCAGCCUCUGGCACCUCUUUCCAGCCACUCAUGGGUAGUGCGAACCUUUACCAACAUUCUAGCACAGCUGUAUUGUCUGGAGUUACUGGCCAGAGCCAGAACUCUACUUCAGCUGCUUCCUACCCAUGUGGUUUUAAGUGGGAUGUCACAGGAAGCAAGGAAAAGAAGUCCUCUUCCCUUGGAGACCUCACUGAGACUGUCACUGACCAGAACACAGCCAUGUCCAUGGCGGCCCAAUAUGAUAAGGCUUCAGAUGCCAGUAACAUGGUCCCUCUGUGUCAUUCACUUUCUGCCAGCCUUGUUCAGGGAACAUCAUCUCAGAUUCCAAAUCAGGGACAUAGCAGCCUGUUACUUCUUUACCAGCAAGGGAACCAGGUAUGUUAUUAUUAUCAAGGCAUACUGGGGCCUCUGCUAUCUGGAAAAGUGGGCCCCUGCCUGAAAUCUAAUUGCUCUGUGUCAUAUAUAGGAAGCAGGGCCUCUGCCCCUCAACCAGGAAUGGUGAUGGUGCUAAAGGAGGUUCAGCCCGCAGACACCCUGCCACCAGUCUCCACAUCUGGAAUUGACUACUCUGCAUCUGCUCCACCCAUCACACAACCACAUUUUCAAGUGAUGGAGACUUCCCUGGGUUUGCAGCCUCCAAGCCAGUCAUUUUGUCAGCCACAAACUCCAGAAGUCCGCAAGACCUGCAGCAGCAGAAAUAUCCGGACACUUCAGGGUAACCCACCACCUGAGGUUGGGGGCAUUUCAGUGAUACCAAUAGAAAAACAAGAUGAUGCACUCCUCUCUUUACAAAUCCCUGAUAUUCACCAGCUCCAGGCCUGCACUGAUCCCCUUGGCCAAGAAAAGCAGCCUGGUUCUGAAAACACUGACCUGGGAAAGAACAGCCUGAGCCCUGAGGACCCAGGGACACUUGGACAUGAGACUGAAUCGAGUGGUGGUUUUGCAAAUGUUGCUGCCCUGGUGGGGGACAGUCACCUCCCUCAGCUCUUCAGCUCCUUGAAAGACCUUGAUCAGUCUAAAGGUCCCGAGGUGGACAAAGCCAAAGAUACCAGAGUCAUCGACUUAAACCAGCUGUGGGAAAAGUCACGUAACAAAAACGGGUCCUCUGGGCAAGCCAGGAACACCAAAUAUAAGGCCUCUGAGCCUCUCAGUGCUGCUCCCAAGGCCAAAAUCCAGCCACAGGACAUGGAGGGUCUCUUAGGGGGACACGAGAGUAUUCGCGGUGUGGCAGAUCAUGACAAGGCUCCUGUGACCACAUCCAUGCGGAAUCAAGAACAGGAACAGAUCGAAAGAACCAGACAAAGCAACUCCAAGAAAGCUGCAGAGGGUAAGCAGUCCGGGAGCAGAGUCAAGGCAGAAGAAAAGCCAACCAUCCCCAGGAUGAAGCAGAAGAAAAACAAACCUCAGCUCAGCCAGGAGAACUUUGAAAAACCUCAAAGCCGCCUAGGCAUGCACAUGCUGGAGUCUGUGCAGGGUUUUCAUACAGCAGGGAAGAAGAUUGAUAGGAGACCUGGAUUCUCUUCUUCCUGGGUCUCAGAAAAUUACAGGAGCCCCAAACACCCCCAGCUGUCCCCGGUCACCAAACCACGUCUGAAUACUACAUGUGAGGGUAAAGGUCCUGAGAAAACUCACAACAAAGCCCAGAAACCAGAGGGCAGUGUCAAAAAACAGGGUCCAUCUCCAUCCCAGGACCAAGAGCCACGUCCUGGCAAGUUCAAGUUGGUGCCUUUGCCUUUUCUGACUGAGGAGAGGCCUCCAAUUCGUCGAGUUCCUUGGAGGCAACAGUCUCUGGCCUCACGCCGGCCAGCUUUGCCUUCCUCUACCCGGCCUGGAUCUACUGACGCAGUUCAACCUACUGCAGUCGGUUCGUCCCGGCAAGGAUGUGCAUCUUUGACACAUCCUGCCUGCUCAUCUCUGGGUCCAGUCCAGCCCAACUCAGCCCAACUAUACCUGACCAACUCUAUCCAGCCCAGGGUCACCCAGUCCACUGCUUCUAGACCUAGAGCAUCAUCUCGCACUUCCCACCAGCAGGAGCCCAUUCCCACUGCUGUGCCCCAGCACCAGCCUCCACCCAAGCCUCAAACCCUGCUUCCACCCCAAGAAUUCUGCUUCCAACCCCGUCCAUGGAGGAAACCUGAUAUUUCUGGGCCAGUAAUGUCAAAGCCCAUCACAGAAGAGCAGAGGCCAGAGCGGGAGGCUAUGAAGAGGCGGGCUCAACAAGAGCGGGAGAAUGCUGCCAAAAAAAGAAAAAGUAUAGUUUUUUAUUAA